ACUAGUUCAUUUAUGCUCCAACUACCCUAUCUGUCCACCGCAUUCCCAUCAGUAUACCACUUCACGAACACUAUUAAUCUCAUCAGUCAUAGAGCUUGAUCCAGCUCCUAUCACUUAUUUUCUCCUUCUCCACGAUGUACAACCCCAUGAGGAAAAAAACAGCACCCUUCCUAACUCUUAUACCCAUUCUCACCCUUGUUUUCGUGGUCCUCAUCUUUUCAGUAACUCACAUCCAAAAAGCAACAAAACCACAAGCAACACACCACCUCCAUAUUCAAAAGCACAUCCAACUCCAAGUGGCACACUCCACAUGCGAAGGAACACUCUACCCAGAACUAUGCGUCUCAACUUUAUCCUCCUUCCCAGAUCUCACCUCAAAAUCCCUCCCACAAAUGAUUUGCUCUGCCCUCAACCACACCAUCGACGAGGUCAAAUUGUCCUCCUCCAACUGCAGCAGCAUCCAGAACCUCCGAAACCUCGACAAACUCGAGCAGAGAGCCCUCGACGACUGCCUCAAUUUAUUCGAUGACACCACCGCAGAGCUCAAAAGCACCAUUGCUGAUCUCUCUCAAACCACAGUAGGCUCCAAUGGCUACCAUCACUGUCAGACACUUCUUAGCGGCGCCAUGACAAAUGUGUACACUUGUCUCGACGGUUUUGCUUACAGUAAAGGGAGCGUGAGGAGCAAAAUACAGAAGGAGUUGUUUGACAUUAGCCAUCACGUGAGUAACUCACUCGCCAUGCUUAAGAAAGUUCCUGGAGUGAAGAGACAACUGUAUUCCAGUAAGUCUGAGACUUUCCCUGAAUAUGGUAAGUUGAAAGAUGGGUUUCCAUCUUGGGUUUCCCCUAAAGACAGGAAGCUACUACAAGCUGCCGUGAAUGAGACCAAGUUUGAUCUUGUGGUGGCUAAAGACGGCACCGGAAACUUCGCCACUAUAGGGGAAGCUGUGGCUGCUGCUCCUAACUCCAGCGCAACUAGGUUUGUUAUACACAUAAAAGCUGGGGCUUACUUUGAGAACGUGGAGGUGAUAAGGAAGAAGACGAAUGUGAUGUUUGUGGGAGAUGGGAUUGGAAAGACUGUUGUGAAGGCCAACAGGAAUGUCGUGGAUGGCUGGACCACCUUUCAAUCAGCUACUGUCGCUGUGGUAGGAGACGGAUUCAUAGCAAAAGGCAUAACCUUUGAGAACUACGCCGGAGCCAGCAAACACCAAGCCGUGGCCCUGAGGAGCGGUUCCGACCUCUCCGCCUUCUACCAAUGCAGCUUCGUCGCCUACCAAGACACUCUCUACGUCCACUCCCUCCGCCAAUUCUACCGCGAAUGCGACAUUUACGGCACCGUCGACUUCAUCUUCGGCAACGCCGCAGUGGUCUUCCAAAACUGCAACCUCUACGCUCGCAAGCCCGACCCAAAACAGAAGAAUCUAUUCACCGCACAAGGUAGAGAAGAUCCAAACCAGAACACUGGGAUUUCCAUCUUGAAUUGCAAGGUUGCUGCGGCUGCAGAUUUGAUCCCGGUGAAGGCGUCGUUCAAGAGUUACCUGGGUAGGCCUUGGAAGAAGUAUUCGAGAACGGUUUUUCUGAAUUCUUACAUAGAGGAUUUGAUUGACCCUGUUGGGUGGUUGGAAUGGGAUGGAACGUUUGCAUUGGAUACUCUGUAUUAUGGGGAGUACAAGAACAGAGGACCUGGUUCCAAUACAAGUGCUAGAGUUACAUGGCCGGGUUAUAAGGUCAUCAGUAGUUCUACUGAGGCAAGUCAAUUCACAGUUGGGGAGUUCAUACAAGGUAAUAAUUGGUUGAGCUCUACUGGAAUUCCAUUCUUCUCUGGUUUGAGUUGAAGGGUUAUGGUUUAUAUAGUUUACUAUGCUCUUUUUGUUUCCUUGUUAUGCACUAAAAUUAUAAUGUGAAUUGUUGCAAUAAUGGGUGGGAAAUAAGCAAUGAAUAAUCAAAAGUAUUUAGAAGCAUUGACUUUUGUGCUUCUUCCUUCUACAUGGAAAUCAGUGUAGACCUUCCUCUUGUCUUGACUAAGGAUCAAGAUGUAAUAAUAAUGUGUUGGAGGUGGAGGGGGAAGCUGUUGAAAAAGUGUAAAUGAAUCUUAUUUUAUCUGAUGAGUAUUGUUUCCAAUAUAUAGCUUUAAGCCACUUUGUUA